AUGGCAGUUCCGAUGCAAGGUGUUAACCAUGUUCCAGUCGGCUUCAGAUCCAAGCCUACCGAAGAAGAACUUCUCUGUUACUAUCUUCGUCGCAAGAUCAGAGGAUUACGGUUGCCACAGGGUGUUGUUCAUCAUAACUGUAAUGUAUAUGGUAAGAAAGAACCAUGGGAUAUAUGGGAAGCAUACAGAGAUCCAUCAGAUCCAGAAACCAAAGAGCUCUACUUCUUCAGAGAUGAACCCCGGAGGGUUUUCUCAUGCAGUACAAUCCGAAGAGUUGACACUGGCAACUGGAGAGGCGAAAACUUAAGGAAGAAAGUGCAUGCUUAUGGUUCUGAUAGAGUUAUCGGGUGGAGAAGAACUUUUGUAUACACGAACCGUGAUUCGGUUCAAGAUGGUUGCUGGCUCAUCAACGAGUUGGAGCUCCAUGAAUCUUUAUUUCCCAGCAAAGAUAAGCGGAACAGUUAUGUUCUUUGUAUUCUUACAAAGAUAGAUAAGAAGGGAAAACAUUGA